AGCAAUUUGUAGAGAAGCAGAAGAAUGCAGUCAGAUUAUAAAGUUAUGGAAGAAGAUCUCGAAUAUGAUAAAAUAAGUAGAGUAUUCAAAAGUGAUAUUGAGUUUGAAGAAGAAUUGGAAAAGAAUGAAGUUUUUCUUAGUUACUUUAAUACUUUUCUUUCUUUACCUGUAUUUGGUGUGAAAAUAACAUUUAAUGAAAAAAAAAAACUUUUUGACGUUGAAAUUGCAACAAUACAGAAAAAGUCUUUAAUUUUUCGGCACCAUCAGAUCUUAACAUGGAUUCGAAACUAUCGUGCUCCUCUGUUUUUGAAAGCAGCAAUAUACAAUGAAUACAAACUUUGUUAUUUACUAGCUGCCUCACCAGUGGUUGCAAAACAAGAUUUUAUAUCACAUGAGGACUUUGUUAUUUUCCAAAGAAAUCAUCUGAAUAAAAUUUCAAGUAUUCAAAGGUUCAAGCAAUAUCUAGCUGGGUCUGUUGGAGAAAAUCUCAUUGAGUUUUGGUUAGAUGCUGAAAGAUAUAGAUGGCAGACACUGGAAAAAAAUCGAAUUUUUUAUAUUAAAGAAGUUGAAGAAAAGUUUAUCAACCAAUAUUCUUUAUCAAAGUUAAUACCUGAUUUAAAAGAUGCAAUGAAAAAGCAACUAAAUCAAAUAUUUGAUUUAAGUAACAAAGUAAACUUGCCUAUAAAGUCUACACUGUUUGUUCCAUUGCAGAAACAUGUGUUGGAGUGCAUUCAAAAAUACUGGAUACCCAAGUAUAUUCUACAUUGUUUUCUAACAAGAAAAGCUGUUCUGUCAAGAUGGAGAAAAGGAAAGAUCAGGAAAAAUUCAAAUAUUUUAAGUGUUAUCAACAAGUUAAAAGAAAUAAAAAAAAGGGAAGAUAAUCAUAAUACAAGAGUCCUACAAGAGGCUCCAAAGUUAGUUUUAAGUGACAAGCUGUCUCACCAUAAAUCUUUGCAUGAUACAGAAUCUUCAAGGCGAUUAAACAUAACAGCUGAAGAAAAUUUAAAACUAAUGAAUUUUAAAAAUAAUAGAAAUGAAUCCAACAAGAUUUUUGAAGAACAUAUAAGACUUCCUACAAUAACAUUGAAGCAAAGUAGUUUGAUAAAGAGCUGUAACAUUUUAAAGGAUGAAAGAACUCCUCUUAUUAAAAGGCUGGAAACCACAAGUAUGACUGUGCUGGCAAAGUUGGUUUGUACUCCUCCAAUCAACAAUAUUGCAUUACCCACAUUUUCAGGAUCAUUUGUUUAUAAAAAUAAACAAAUGGAAAUGCAAAAUAAGAAAGAACCUCUUGAUAGUCUUAUUGCUGCUUUAAAUACAGACUUCCUUGCUGGUCAGCCACUCUUAGAGUAUAUAGUUUCUAUUGGUGACAAACAAGCUGAGGCAAAUUAUAAGUUUUGGAUUGAAGUAAAUAAAACCUUUCAUAAUACUUUUUAUAAUGAAACAAUUUUUCGACAAAAGCAAUACCAAACAAUAAUCAAUUUGUUUUUGGCAAGCAAUGCUAGCUAUAACAUUUCUCUUUCAUCUUUGAAAAAGCAAGAAUUAUGCAGAUACCUAACUGAAGAUGGAGGAUUAGCAAUGUUAAUUGAAGCCAAUGAUCAAAUAGCACUUAAACUUUUGCCAAUAUGGGAAGCUUUUUGCAAAAGUGACAAAGAUUCGUUUUUUAAUGAUGUGAGCAUGCUAGACCAACUAGAAAAAAUUCAAGAUAUAGAAGAUAGUAGGUGCAGUAGUAACUUGAGAUCUACUCUUAACAGAAAUAAAUUUAAUAGUCGAAGAAUGUGGAAGGCUCUGGAACUUGCUUUAACUAUAUCUAAACCAAUAAAACAUCAGCUCUUUACCAUAUCUUCUUUAUCAAGUUCUGAUGAAGAUUCUGGAGAUGAUGAAUUAAGUAUGGAGCAAAAAUCUUUAAGGAGAAAUGAAUUGUUUUUAAUUAAUAAUGACUCUGCGUUAACUCAUAAAUAUAUGGAAUGGAAAAUUAGUUCUUCGAAGUUUGACAUCAAUGCAAUUAGUCAUGAUACAAAUAUUCAAGAACAGCAAUCUCAAGAAAUUUUGCUUGUCAAGCCUCAUAAACCAAGAAGUUUCCAUGAAAUUUUAAUGGAUUCAUUACAACUUGACUUUUUUAAACAAUACUUGACAAAAGAGAAAGAAGAAACUCCAUUAUUAUUUUGGAUUGCAGUGGAAUCUAUGAGAACAAAAAGUAAGGAUGCAAUGGUAAGGCAAGGAAAAACUCAGGCAAUUGUGAAAAGAUUUUUUGGAUCUGCUAAUCAAGGAAAAGAUUUAAAAUGUAAUGCAGAAGUUAUUAGUCAAAUACCAUUAGCUGAUAAGGUUACUCCAGCCAUGCUUAUUUCAGCUCAAGCAUGUGUAGCUAAAAGUUUAGAAGAAUCUUGGUAUAGUAGUUAUCUUGCAACUUUCAGUAAAGAUGACGAGACAGACAUAAAUAUACCUGUUUACAAUAAACACGGUAUAAGUGGAAAAUUCCAAAGUCUACGUGAAAAAACACUUGUUUAUUGGAGAAUGUUUGUUCGAAAUAUAACUGUUUUUACAAAAGGUAUUUCAAAUAAAGAUACAUUUCGAAUGUUUCGAGACUUUCUAAAGCUGCAAUACCUGAUGAGUGGAUCUUCUGUUGGUGACACAAACAAUUUUGCAUUAGACAAGAUUUCCUCCUCGGUUAUUGUCAUUAACCAUAAACAUGUCUUCAUAGAAAAACUUGUUGCAGACCUCUACUUUUAUUGUGAAGUUCAAAAAUACAGAGAUUUUAGUGAUGCAGUAGUUGAAUGUGCAAAGUUAGGGAACUAUUCAAAUGACGAUGAGUUGGUUGUUGUCAAGAAAGCUUAUGCAAUUAUAGACUGUUUUAUUAACUCUCUGGUUGCUCCAACCUUGCAAAUAAAUAUUUCGCGUGAGCAAGCAGAAACAAUAAUGACUUUGGCUGCAAACGGUAUCAUAGAAAGAGGUCUUUUUCAUGAUGCUACUCUAUCAAUAUUUACUUCUCUUUUUUAUUUUUGGAAAAAGUUUUGUACUUUUCGUUUUGUGCUUCCGAACUUGAUUCUGCCAAAAGAGAAGUCACAAAGAAAUGAUAGAUCUGCAAAAAUUGCUCUCAAGCAAGAAGCGCUAAAGUUGAAUAAGUUCAAAAAAGUUUCUCUUCCAGAAGAUUUUCGUUUUGAAUGAGAACAGGACUUUCAGAUCCUAAAAGUUUUUGUCAAAUAAUCAAAUCAUUUUUGUAUAUUUAAUAAUUGUAUAGUCAAAUAAUCAAAUCAUUUUUGUAUAUUUUUAAAAAUCUGCGAUCACUUCUACAAAAAUCUUAAUCAGAAAAUAAAAAUAAAUAAAAAAACAACAA